AUAUUCACACUGACACUUGCGUCAGCUUGACGUUUAGCAUACGAUUGAAAACUAUCUUGGACGAAACUCAAGCUUUCUGCAUUAAAAUAAGUGGAUGUUUUUGCUAAUUUUUUUUUCAAUGAAAAAAAUGAUUUGUACAACAAAAUAAAUUGUUUUUUUUUAAAACUUUUGUUGAAUAUUUUUUCUUUUCAUAAUGGCCGCCAACAAACUAGUGGGAGAUUACCAAUCAGAUAGCGAUAAUGAUGAUUCAGAACCUAAGCAGCGAACUAUAAAAAAUAUAACAACGGAUUGGACGCAAUGCACAGACGCUAGUUCAGGACAUCCUUAUUAUUGGAAUAUCGUAACAAAAGAUGUAACGUGGGAAAUGCCGAUCGAAUACCGACAAUUUUUGGAUCAGGCUGUUCUACAAAAUUCACACUCUCUUAAGAAAUGGAUUCUUUGCUACACAGACGAUAAUGCACCAUACUAUUUUAAUGAAAUCACUCGUGAAAUAUCAUGGGAAAGACCGGCAGAUUUCGCUGAAACAAUUCAGAAUAAUUCAAGGCAUCGAAGUACUGGUGAGACAAGCGAGAGUUCGAAUCGUACGAUUAGCAAAGCAAAAUUGAAUCUGGUGCCUGAAUACAACGAUAGUGACGAUUCGGACGAUGAGUGUUUGAAGCCAUCGGAAAAACCAUUGUUUCCAUCAUCAAGCAAUAGUUACCCAACAAACAGUCAAUUAAUAAGAAGCAUUGAAAUUCCGACUGAUACGAGCAUCCAAUCAGAGCCUCAGGCGCUAAACUCACCUAAACGGGAGGAUAAAAAAGAGAAGCCUUCAUUCGCAAGCAUUAUAACUGGUGGACGAAGUCCUCAACAUGAAACCAUAGAUAUAAAGCUUUAUACUGGUCAAGAUGGCCUAGAAACAGACGAAACUUCAAAUAAAAUUGAAAAUGAUUCCGGUGAAACAGAGAUUUUGUCACAAAAAACAUUUCAACGAAAGCGAAGGAUCGAGUUUAAUGUUAGCAGUACACAGGCCAAACGCCCAAACCUGAACGAAGUUACAAAUCCAAAUACUGAACCAAUGAAUGAGGUUGCCAAUCCAAUAGCCUCGCUGAAGAAUAAAUAUAGUAAUUUUCAAAAAGGCGGAACGGAAUUUCUCGAAAAGCAGCCGUCAAGUGGAUCGGAUGACACUGAAGUUGAAGGAAUCGAUGCGGUCGGCAAUCAAAUCACGGAUGAACAACAGCUACUAGAAGCGAAACUGAACUUUCUGUGUCAAGGGAGAGCAGAUGUAUCACCUGUUCAGAUAAUACAAAUUCAAUUGCAAGCAUUGCAAGCUGCUCACGUUGCAGAGGCUCUAAAUUCGGAUUAUUUACUGGUAUGGAUGAAAAAUAUUUCAAAUGACCUGAUUAAUCUGGAAAAUGAUGCGGCACCAAAUGGUUGGAAGUGCCAAUGGAAUCGGGAAAUGGCGCAGUAUUGCUACGAAAAUACGACAACUGGAGAAAUCAAGUGGGAAUAUCCAGAGGAGGUAGAACUAAAGGAUAAUGCAGCCCAUGACAAUACUGUUAUAGAUGACGAUGCAAUGGACAUAUGUACGACGCCACCACCCAAUGAGCAUGAAGAUUUUUCGGCUGCAUAUUAUCAGAGCACAGAACAUAAUGCUGACUAUGUUCCGCCGCCACCAAACCGGACGACCGGUGAAGCGUUGAAAAAUGACAAUGAAAAACCGCUGGACGAUGAGCUGGCGUCGUUUUACUCGGAUAUUGCGAAAUUGGAGCCCGAACCCGAAACAACGAAUGAAGAAAAUUCCUGUGAUAAAUCAUCCCCAAAUCCAGAUCAGCCAGCAUCCCCUGAAAACUCUGAUGCAGAUGAAAAGAAGAAGAAGAAGAAGAAGAAAACGAAAAAAUUAGAGCCAUGGCGUUCCGGCAACCUUGAAAACUGGAUAAAUAAAUGGCAGAAAGCGCAAAAAGAACUUGAUGGAUAAAAUUGUCUGUGUUUGAAUUUUUCAUUCAAAAAAGGAAAAUAAAUGUUUUUUUUUAAACAAGAA